AUGGCCAAGCUCAACAAAGCCAUGCUUGCACUUCUCCUCCUCAUCAUCCUUGAGCUUGAUGCCAUUAAUGGAGGAUCAUGCAGUGCUGGAACUCAAACCAUAGACUGUAUUGGCAAAUGCCAAUAUAGAUGCAGUAAAGCAUCAAGGCACAAUAUGUGCAUAAACGCUUGCAUGGUAUGCUGUGAAAGAUGCAACUGUGUUCCUCCUGGAACUUCUGGGAACAGAGAUGUUUGUCCCUGUUAUGCUAAAAUGAAAACUCAUGGUGGCAGACUCAAGUGUCCUUAA